AUGGUUGUCGUAGAAAACAAUAACCUUUCGGGAAUGAUACCAGCAUGGAUUGGCGAAAGCCUAGCCGACUUGGAGAUUCUACGCUUACACUCCAACGAGUUCAAUGGAAUCAUACCUUUGUCCCUGUGCAAUCUAGCCUCCAUUCAUGUUUUGGACCUUUCACACAACAAUAUUUCAGGAGCCUUGCCACAUUGCUUUUACAACAUCUCAGUUUUGGCUGGUGAUAUUACAACAGAAAUUAUUUGGUUGGCGAAAUUCCAGAGUAUAACAAGUAUGACUGAGUUGAAAUCCCUCAACUUGUCAAGAAACCAUAUGAGGAGAAAGCUUCCUGCAGACGUUGGUAACAUGAAGAUGUUGGAAUCUCUUGAUUUGUCAAGAAACAUUUUAUCUGGCAACAAUCCUGCAACUUUUUUGAGAUUAAACUUUCUUGGAGUGCUGGACGUAUCGCACAACCAAUUGUCAGGAAGAAUUCCACCAGGCACCCAACUUCAAAGUUUUAAUGCUUCUGCAUAUACCGGAAAUCUUGCACUUUGCGGACCACCUUUGAUAGCAAAUUGCUCAGGAAAUGGAACAACUCAAGCUGAUGAUAUCAAGGAACAUAAUAAUGAUGGUCUCAUAAACCUGGGAUUCCUUAUCAGUGUUGGGAUUUAUUAG